AUGUGGAAGUGCUUUCUUUUAUUUGUGUUUUUGUUAACUUUCACUCUAUCGGAGGGUGAUUUAUUGCGUACGCAGCGUGGUGUGUAUUCAAAGAAUUUCUUCGGUGGGGUUUGGGGCAACCGACCACCUCUACUUGAAGCGGGCCAAGCCAAGACUACGUGCACAUGUAAAUGUGGCGAAAGAAAUGAAGUUUCCCGCAUCGUAGGAGGGGAGGAGGCUGGCUUCAAUGAGUUCCCUUGGGUUGCCAAGAUGACGUAUUUCAAGAAGUUCUACUGCGGCGGUAUGCUGAUCAACGAUAGAUAUGUUCUCACUGCAGCACAUUGCGUCAAAGGAUUUAUGUGGUUCAUGAUAAAGGUGACAUUCGGUGAACACAACCGUUGUAACGCGACCAUUCGUCCCGAGACUAGAUUUGUUAUACGCGUCAUUGCCAACAAAUUCUCUCUCACCAACUUUGACAAUGAUAUCGCCUUACUUCGUCUGAAUGAGAGAGUUCCCAUGACUGCUGCUAUUAAGCCUAUAUGCUUGCCAAGUGACGACAGUGAACUCUAUGUGGGUGUUAAAGCAGUGGCUGCAGGAUGGGGAACUUUGACGGAGGAAGGCAGGGUUUCGUGCACAUUACAGGAGGUUGAGGUGCCAGUAUUGAGUAACGAAGAGUGUCGAAAUACUAAAUACACGUCUUCAAUGAUCACUGACAACAUGCUGUGCGCGGGAUACCCCAAGACAGGACAGAAGGAUUCCUGUCAGGGAGACAGUGGUGGCCCUCUCAUCACAGAGAGAAAGCACGACAAACGCUAUGAGCUAAUAGGUGUCGUAUCCUGGGGUAAUGGAUGUGCAAGAGUGGGAUACCCUGGAGUCUACACAAGAGUUACCAGAUACAUAGACUGGAUUAAGGAAAAUACUAAAGACGGGUGUUACUGUUGCGGAGAACGUAAUGAAGAACCUAGAGUCGUGGGUGGUUCUUCAACAGACGUGAACGCAUAUCCUUGGACGGCUCGUCUAAUCUAUUAUAAGUCGUUCGGAUGUGGUGCUUCGGUCAUCAAUGACAGAUACGUAGUAACAGCAGCUCAUUGUGUGAAGGGAUUCAUGUGGUUCUUAUUCAAAGUGAAAUUCGGUGAGCAUGACCGUUGUGUUCCUGGUCACGUGGCUGAAACUCGUACAGUAGUUAAGAUGUAUGUACACAACUUUACUUUGACAGAAUUAACUAAUGACAUAUCACUACUUCAGCUCAAUAGACCUUUGGAGUAUACACAUGCUAUCCGACCCGUUUGUCUGCCUAAAACAGCGGAUAAUUUAUACGAAGGUAUAAUAGCGACUGUCGCUGGUUGGGGAGCCGUCAAAGAAACUGGUAAAUGGUCGUGUACGUUACUCGAGGCUCAGUUGCCAAUACUGAGCAAUGAGAAUUGUACCAAGACGAAAUAUGAAGUAACAAAAAUUAAAGACGUUAUGAUGUGUGCUGGAUUUCCAGAAACCGCUCAUAUAGACGCUUGCACUGGAGACAGCGGUGGACCUUUGUUUAUUGAAAAUAGUGAACACGCUUACGAAUUAAUUGAGCUGGUCCAGCCUAAUAAUAGAACAGCGCAUAAUAAUGUGGUUGAGGGAGCAACGUCCUCAUUCCCGUUGCAUCCUCUCUCUGGUACAGCCUGGGGCUAG